CCAUAUGCCGCCAGCCGGGCUAUCGGCAAGAGGCUUGUCUACCUUGAUGGACCACGGACAACCAGAUGCUCGUCAUCGGAGCGAGCGAUUUUUAUUUCAUUCAGAGAAUGGAUCCUCUAAUUCUCAUAGUCCUAAUACAACCAAUUCAUCUCCACGAUAUCAACAUAAUAAUAGAACAAAUAAUCAUUCCACAAGUUACGGAUACUUGUAUGGGCAUACAUCUAGUAACAAUAUGUCUGAUAGUAGUGUUUCUGAUACACAUAGUGGUGGUACAGCAAGAACUGUUUCUCAACAGACUAGUCCAUCUCAUGGUACACAUUCCUCUUCUCAAUCACGACAAGACAAUAGUUCAACAAUUUUCACAGCAUUAUUUGAUUAUAUUGCCCAAGGUGAAGAUGAAUUAUCUUUACAAAGAGGUGAAACAGUUGAGGUCUUAUCUAAGGAUUCAAAAAUCUCAGGUGAUGAAGGAUGGUGGACUGGUAAAAUCCAUGGAAAAGUUGGUAUUUUUCCAGCCAAUUUUGUUGCAGAAGCAGAAAGUAUCGAUCAAGUCUCAUCGGUAAUUGAUAAAGUUCAACCAGUUGAAAUUGAUUUUGAAGAAUUACAGUUAGAAGAAGUGAUUGGAGUUGGUGGAUUUGGAAAAGUUUAUAGAGGAUUUUGGCAAAAACAUGAAGUGGCUGUGAAAGCAGCCCGUCAAGAUCCAGAUGAAGAACCAAGUGUUACAUUAGAAAAUGUUCGACAAGAAGCUAAGUUAUUUUGGUUAUUGAAACAUGAAAAUAUUGUGCAAUUAGAAGGAGUUUGUUUAAAAAUGCCAAAUAUGUGUCUCGUAAUGGAAUAUGCACGAGGUGGUAGUUUGAACAGGGUUCUUAGUGGUAGAAAAAUCAGGCCUGAUGUACUUGUUGAUUGGGCAAUACAAAUUGCUCGUGGCAUGGAUUAUCUUCAUAAUAAAGCACCUAUAAGUCUUAUUCAUAGAGAUUUAAAAAGUUCCAAUGUGUUAUUGAGUGAGCCUAUAGAAAAUGAUGAUCUACAAUAUAAAACUUUAAAAAUAACAGACUUUGGACUAGCAAGGGAAGUUUAUAAAACAACUCGCAUGUCGGCAGCGGGCACAUAUGCUUGGAUGGCACCAGAGGUUAUUAAAAAGAGUACUUUCAGUAAAGCCAGUGAUGUUUGGAGCUAUGGAGUACUUUUAUGGGAACUUUUAACUGGUGAAACACCUUAUAAAGGAAUAGAUGCUUUAGCAGUGGCAUAUGGAGUUGCAGUAAAUAAGCUUACAUUGCCCAUUCCAUCAACUUGUCCUCAACCUUGGAGAUUUUUAAUGGAAGCUUGUUGGGCAUCUGAUAGUCAUUCAAGACCAGGAUUUGCAGAAAUUUUAGUAGCAUUAGAUGAAGUACGUAGUGCAUUUGCAGCAACACCACAUGAAUCAUUUCACACAAUGCAAGAAGAUUGGAGACUUGAAAUUGAACAAGUUCUUCAUGGAUUGCGCAUGAAGGAAAAGGAACUGCGCUGUAGAGAAGAAGAAUUAACAAAAGCACAAGUUCAGCAACGACAACAUGAAGAAAACUUAAGGCAGCGAGAACAAGAAUUAGCUGCUCGAGAAAUAGAUUUAUUAGAGCGUGAACUUACUGUAAUGAUAAUUCAACAACAAAAUACUCCUACACCAAACAAAAGACGUGGAAAAUUCAAAAAAUCAAGAUUAAAAUUAAAUAAAAAAGAACCAGGAAGUAAUAUAAGCGCUCCUUCCGAUUUUCGUCAUACAAUAACUGUUCAACAUACAGCAUUAGAUCGAGGAAAGGUUCGAAAUCCAUCAAGACCUAAUAGUCCACCAGGCUCACCUAGUAUUCCAAGACUUCGUGCAAUUGCAUUACCAGCAGAUGGAGUAAAGGGUAAGACUUGGGGGCCAUCAACACUUCACCAACGCGAACGUGGGGCUAUUAUCACGCAACCACCAAAUCCCGCAUCUCCAGGUGGCAAGCGAUGGUCUCGUUCUGCUCCAGAUCUAGAAAAGACACCCCUACGUACCGCUCUGUUGGCACAUCGUUCCCCGCUUCUUCAAGAAAUAGACUAUACAACUUUACCACCUGAUCUCUCAACUGAUUGGAUAACAUCAGAUUAUCCUUUGAAGCCUGGAUUAACUGGACCUUACAUUAUGCCAAUGCCUGUACCAAUGCCAACUCUUUACAAUGGAGAAAUGAAAAAGCCAAAGUUAAGUGUAAUAGAAUUGGUUUUAUAUAAUAUCGCAGCUAUGUUAGCUGGAGUAGCUACUGGAUAUGAUGUAAGAAUGUCAAACAUAUCUCCAAUUCAUCCAAGAUUAUAUCCACGACUUGGUGAAUGUGAAGAUGAACCUCCACGAUGGUGGUUUCAAACAGAUACUGGAUCAAAUCGUAAUUCCAGUUAUCUUGGACCUGAUUAUGAAUUUAGUUCAAGUAGUGGUUAUCCCCAUAAUACAUACCAUGGACCAGCUAGGCAUUACAGACCAUUUUUAAGCAACAUGGGUGGUAUAGCACCUGGUCUUCCACCUAGUGUGAUACCUGAUAAACCUCUAAGAUUUACUGAUUCACCACAACAUUAUGCAAGCAAUACAAGUUCUAAUGCACCAACACCAAGCCCUAGAAGAAAAAGUAGCAGCACUAGUAAUGAAGAUAUAUAUAUACAUGAUACUGGAAGGGUUGAUCGAAUGGAAAGAGUACCAACAAUAUAUAUGGGCAAUGUUGCUCCCUUUCCAGAUUAUGGACCUCCAGUAUAUACAGUUGUUCCACCAGAAUAUUAUAGAUCACCAGAACCAACAUAUUUUGUACCUACAGAUUAUCAUGAUAGAAUGCUUGAGUGUUCUGAAUUUCCACAUGCUUAUGAUAAUCCAAGCAGUAUAAAUAGUCCAGCUCGACCAAUGUCAAGACUUCCUUCAUAUACUCAUCAUCGUACCUCAUCAAAUGUAUCAAAUGCGAGUACAUCGAGUCAAAGUAACAUUAAUCCAACAUUUCGUUUAGAAGAUGAGGAUGAUUAUUCCUUAUAUUCACCUGGACAUUAUUAUCAACGAUCUUCAAAUAUUGUUUCAAAUGUUGGAACAUAUAGUCCUAGUAUGCUUAAUCAUGAAUAUGGUUCUCAACUGUUGACGCGUCAGAAUUCGCACGAUUCGAAUUCAAAUUCUGGAGAAAGACCCAGUAAUUUAGAAGUAGUUAGUCGAUUACGGUCAAGUUUAAAACGAUCCAAUUACUCGUAUAAUUCACCAAAUAAAAGCGUAAGUAAAAAUAAUUCAGGUUCGGGUACUCCAACAAAUCCUACUCCACCAGAUUCUCUAACUUCAGAGGAUUCAAGUUAUGUUUCAGCUAAGGAUAGUCAAAUUUCUAUAAGUAGAGUUCGAUUUUCUCCAGUAACAUUUGAUCGAGAUGGAGUGAACAUUUCGCGUGAACAUAGAGAAACAUUACUUGAUAUUCCUGUACAUGGACAAAAUCAAGAUGUUACCGUGCCGUUGCAAGCUAAUCGACGGAUAAAUAGAAAUAGAAAACCAAGUAUAUCUGAAUUAGAGAGAGAAUUUUUAUCAUAGCAUUGGCUUAUUUAAAAUGACAGAUGAUUAGGAAUUCAAAAAGUUUUGUCAAUCUUGAAAGUAACACUCAAUUUACAAUCACAUGAAUCAAACAAUUUAUGGUAUGGCAGAAAUUUAUCAAAUCAUAAUUAGAAAAUACAGCGAUGCACGUUGUCAAAGCACUGCCUCCUGCAAAACAUUUUAUCAUGUAUUAAUAUUGAACAUCAAAUGCAGUAAGAAUAUAACAUUCCAUAUACUGAGACAUUCUUAUAAAAGACUCUUGUAUUCAAUUAGACUGUUUUUAAUUUAAUAAAGAACUGACAUGUCUCAUGUAUAUUUUGUAGAAAUAAUAUAAAUAUCAAGAUAAUUCUUGUAUUGAUCAUUCAAUACUACACAAUAUUUUUAAAUUAUAUUUUAUGUAUUAUAAAUAUUUUAUUCAUACAUUCCGCACAUCCUGCAUCUGCUGUUAGUAUUUAGUAUAUUUAAAUAUUAUAUAUUUCUAUUAUUUGCAUGAAUACUUGAAAAACUAUAAAAAAGAAUAAAUAUUUUAAUUCAAAUAUUCUGAAAAAUAUAUAUAAAAUCCUAUAUAUUUGUUAUAUUAUGCAAUUUAAAAUGGUAUUAACUUCUUUUUCAGAAUAUUAAAAAUUAAAUUCUAUAUUUGUUUGUCUAAUAUCAUCUUAGAGAAAUGAGACUUUGUUGUUCCUUUAGUUUUACAACUGUCUGCUCAUAUUUAUUACAGAUAUUAAUAAUCAUAAUUUACAUUCCAUCAAAAUUUUUGUGACUGAAAAAAAUAAUUGUUGAAACUAAUUAUAUAUUGCAAUGAGUAAAAUGAAACAUAUAAUCAGGAAAACAUUGUUGAUUAUUUAACAAGAUUAUUUAUCAUUUUUUUAAAUAUUACUUUGUGACAAUAUGUAUAAAUAUAUACUUGUAGAAUAAUUUUAUAUACAAUAGAUUGUAGGAACCUUUCCUAAAGACACAAUGUUUUCCUGUAUAUGCUUAGUAUGAAACAUCUGUAAUUGAUAAGAAUUGUAUAAUAGAUAUACGUUUUCUUUGAUAUUAAAUUAUCAAAUUCGUAUAUUAUUUUAUUAACUUUAAUCUUUAUACCAUGGCACUAGAUACAAAUGUGAAAAGUUUGUACAGUAGCAAUUUUAAUGCAUUUGUAAGCUACUAGUGUGAUAGCUUUAAUUUAGUAUGCCAUGUGCAGUUAAAAUAAUAUUUCUUUUAUAAAAAUAAUAUUGAAAUGAUUGGAAUAUAUGUAGAAAAAUAUUUAACAUAUUUAUAAGUUCAUUUAUAAAUUAUAUUAAUCAUCUAAUGUGUGAUAUACUUAUAAAAAUUUUUGAACAAGGACACUCCAUAUACAUAAUCACUAUUGUACAUACAAGUACAUAUUGGAUAGUUAUUGUUUGCUUAACAAUGUAAUAAUGAUCAAUACAUUCCUUUAUAUUGAUUAUGUAAAGUAUGUAAUUUUUCUUGAAAUUUUAAAUGCAUGAGUGCCCUAGAAAUAAUUUUGUAUUUAUUUAAAAUAUUAAUAGAUAAUCAAAAUAUUGGAUAUUAUAUCAAAUUUGUUUCUAUUUUCUAUUAUUUGAAUGGAAAAUAAAAAUGAAAUUAAUUUAUAAAAUCCUUUAUUUUGAUUUAUAUUUCGUAUUUUAAUUUGUAAAAAAAAAUCGACUUAAAUUUGAUUUUGAUAUAUGCAUGUUAAUUGAUUUUAUAACAAAUAACUAACAUAUGAUUUAGAUUAAAUUUACAAAUGCUAAUCAAAACUUAUUUACAUGUUGCAUAUAUUCUACGCCGCAUAUUUUAUGGAAUCAAAAUAAUUCAUUUAUUUUUUGACCUCAGAAUGUAAAAUAUGAGAAAAGAACAAAUUUUUAUUUCAAAACUGUUUUUAUAGUAAUAUCUUGAAUAAUAAUCAGUAUUGUAGAAUAUGUCUUAAUGUAUAUAAAUAUUGUGGAAAAAAAGAAAAAAAACUUUGAAGAAGUAUUUUUUUAAUCAUUUUUAUAUAAUUUUUAAAAUAUCAUAUCAAUUUGCUUUACGUAAAUCUUAUAUUAAAAUCUUAUAUUUUAAUAUAUUUUUUUAUCAACUUAAAAAAUAUUUUAAAAUUUCUUUUUAGUAAUAAAAUUUUUUUAAAAUUAAUUAAUUACAAAAAAUAUAUUUAAAUAUUAAAAAAAAUAUAUUUAAUAUAUUAAGUUAGUUCUUGUAUAUCAAUUCAUUAGUUGUAUUUUUAUAUACUUUUUCAAAGUUUUUCAAAGAUUUUCAAUUUGUGAAAUCUUAUAUAUAAUAAAAAAUAAUUAAACAGUUGACUGAAAUAUUUAUGAUAUUAUUGAAGACCUAUAGAAUAAAUAUUUCAUGGAUAUGCCUUUCUAUGUUGUACAAAGAUAUAUUGCGGUGCUAGUAUCAUGUACUUAAUACAUUAAGAGAGAUAAAAAAGUUGAAAAUGCUUCCAAAACAAUUGAAAAAUAUUUAAUGAAAUCUUAGAAUGCUAAUAUCAAUAUUCUCUCUCUCUCUCUCUCUCUCUCUCUCUCUCUCUCUCUCUCUCUCUCUCUCUCUCUCUCUCUCUCUCUCUCUCUCUCUCUUUCU